CAUGAGGACGCGCGCGGAGGUGGAGGCCACGCUGCGGUUGGCCAAGGUGAACCCGGCCGAGCUGCUGCCCGCCGUGCACUGCCUCAGCUUCGGGCCCCCCGCUGCCAACGGGGCCCCCGGGACCCCCCCCGCCGCCGCCGCCGCCAACGGGAACGGGGACCUCUGCCUCCUCCAGAUCGACUCCCAGCUCUGCGCCCAGCUGGAGGACGGGCACAGCCUCGUCAUCCGAGGGGACAAAGACGAACAGGCCGUCAUCUGCAGCAGAGAGAAGACGUACGAUCUGAAAAUAGCGGAUACGUCGAAUAUGCUACUUUUCAUUCCCGGUUGCAAAACUCCGGACCAGAUGUCCGCGGCCGAAGCUCCGGGCGACGUAAUCCACACUCAGAUCUGUGGUUUCUCCAACAAUUAUUGGGAAUUAAGACGCUGUCGACCCAAAGUAAAGAAAUUGAAGAAACUUUUGAUGGAAAACCCUUAUGAAGGACCUGACAGUCAAAAGGAAAAGGCAUCUACUCAUCCAAAGUAUACCACUGAAGAUUUGUUUGAUCGGGUUCAAGCAAGCGAGGGAGAAAUAAUGGCUCAGUUACAAGUCCUAAAUGCCUGUAAAAUCGAAGGGUAUUGGCGGAUUCUUGACUUCGAUUACGAAAUGAAACUUCUGAAUCACAUAACUCAACUUGUGGACUCUGAAUCCUGGUCGUUCACCAAAGUCCCGUUAAACACCUGCCUGGCGGAACUUGGGCCCUUGGAACCUGAAGAAAUGAUACAACACUGUCUUGAAUGUUACGGAAAGAAAUAUACUGAUGAAGGUGAAGUUUAUUUCGAACUGAAUGUGGACAAAAUAUGCAGAGCAACAGCACAAAUGCUGCUACAGAAUGCGGUGAAAUUCAAUCUCGCUGAAUUUCAGGAAGUUUGGCAGCAGAGCGUUCCCGAAGGAAUGACCACUCACCUGGAUCAGCUCAAGGGUUUGGCCCUGAUGGAUAGAAACUCCAGACCAGAAACCAUCUUCCUACUAAAAGUGGAUGACCUGCCCGAGGGAAAUCAGGAAAGAUUCAACAGCUUGUUCACUCUUCGGGAGAAGUGGACCGAAGAAGACAUUGCCCCGUAUAUCCUUGACCUGUGUGCAGAGAAACAAACCAUAGGUGCACUGCUCACCAAGUAUUCCCGUUCUUCAAUGCAGAAUGGCGUUAAAGUGUAUAAUUCCAGAAGACCCAUCUCCUAAAAAUGAAACAUAUGCUAAGAAUCCGUCACGAGAGACAGACGUAGUAGACAAUUGCCAAUUGUGAGUUAUAGUAUGCUAGACUAUGGUUACACGGCUUUUUUGUAAAGACCUUUUAAUAGGGACAUCUCACUGUAUUAAUUAAACAAUUUUUGAGGUGGUUGUCUGGGA